CGCCAAAGAGUCCGGGUGUGGCUGAUGUCUUGACAUCAUGGACUCACUCAAACCCACGAAACAAAUUCAAGCUUUAACAAGCAUCUAUUAAGGAUAGGUAUUAUAGUCCACCUCUAAGCCAGUCACAAUAGCCAAAGCCCCACAAUGGGGAAGCCGCGCGUAAUAUACUGGUUUCGAACAGACCUUCGGCUACAUGAUUCUCCCGCCCUAAGAGCGGCUCUUGACCUAGAUCCCGUUGUCUUGUGGCCUAUCUUUACGUGGGAUCCUCACUAUGUAUACCGCGUCAAAGGAGGAGUGAACAGGUGGCAAUACUUACUCGACUGUCAGACUGACCUUUCAAAGUCCAUUCAGGACCUCAAUCCCAAGUCCAAGCUUUUUGUUUUGCGCGAAGCACCGCAAACACUCUUCCCCAAACUGUUUAAAGCGUGGAAUGUAACGCACCUAGUAUUUGAAAAGGAUACAGAUGUCUAUGCCCGAGAAAGAGAUAGAAUCGUGGUGGCGUUAGCAGAAAAGGCUGGCGUUAAAGUAAUCUAUCGGUAUGGACGUACGCUUUGGGAUAGCGAUGAGGUUGUUGCUAAGCAUGGAGGAAAGCCAACUAUGUCUAUUACCCAACUUCAAGCCGCCGGGAGGAGAGUUGGAGAGAUACCUCGACCCGUACCCACACCAGAGUAUCUUCCAGAUCCAGGAGAUAUGCCCGUAGACUUUGAACAAGGGAAACCGGAGCCGGAACCGGAUCUUAAUGCCCCACACCGGAGUGAGAUUGAUAAGACCUACUCACACGUUGCAGGACCUAGGGGAGAUUUUGCUAUUGCAACUCUUAGGGAGCUUGGGUUCCAAGACACGGCUACUACACCGCACCGUGGUGGUGAGACAAUUGCUCUAAAGCAACUGGAAGAAAUCUUCUCAGACGAGAAAUAUGCAGCCACUUUCCAGAAACCGAAGACCAGUCCUGCGGCUUUCGAGCCGCAAUCAACGACCCUCCUAUCACCGAUGCUACACUUCGGUGCACUCUCGCCACGCCUCUUCUAUUGGCGGGCGCAAGAUCUGGUCGAAAGGUACGGCAAGGGAGCAUCUACACCGCCUGAAAGUCUGACCGGUCAACUGUUGUUUCGGGAUAUGUACUUCGCGGCUCAGGCAGCAAUCGGAUCUCCUUUCGCCCAAACUAUGAAUAAUGCAUACUGCCGGUUUAUUCCUUGGCACUUACCCUCAAAAGUAGGGGAAACUGAGACAGGCAGUAAUGCAAUUAGCGGCAAGUAUCAUGUUGACUCUGCACAAGCAGAGGAAUGGUUCCUACGUUGGAAAGCAGGUGUAACUGGGUUUCCGUUCGUUGACGCUUUGAUGCGCCAGCUACGCGCUGAAGGAUGGAUUCAUCACCUGGGGCGUCAUAUGGUAGCUUGUUUCCUCACUAGAGGUGGAUGUUAUGUACAUUGGGAGCGCGGAGCCGACGUUUUUGAAGAGUGGCUGAUCGACCACGAACCGGCUAGCAAUGCUGGUAACUGGCAAUGGAUGAGCUGUACUGCAUUCUACUCCCAGUACUUUCGUUGCUAUAGCCCCGUGGCUUUCGGACAGAAGUGGGAUAAGAAAGGUGAAUUUAUAAGAAAAUGGGUGCCUGAGCUGAAGAACUUAGACGCAAAGUUUAUUUAUGAGCCGUGGAAGGCUAGUGAAGCAACACUGGACGAAGCCGGUGUGAAAAUUAAAGGAGACGGACUCCACGAGAGAACGGAUGGACAUUAUCCAACUCCGAUGUUUGACUUUGGAGAGAGGAGAAGCGCAUGCAUUGCUGCAAUGAAGAGGGCAUAUUCUAUUGGGCUAUAUGGAAAUGAUAGCAAAGUCAAGGACGGGACAUGGAGGGGAUUAUUUGAGAAGGUCGGUGAAACAGAAAUGGAAGGUUCUAGUGACAUCCAAGAGGGAAGUGGAAAGGGCGAACUCAAGCACACAAAUCAGGACAUAGUGGUUAAGGAAGGUCCGAUGGAUAGGUUUGCUAAGAAACUGAAGAGGUGAAAUCAAUGAAAGUUUCCUUUUCAAGUCACUUUUCACUUUUUAUCCCACAAGCCUUCCAUUACAUUAGGGUUUAGCCCAUCUGGUGAGAUGUUUUAUAAGGAAAUUUUAUACCUAUCUUGUUUAUAUGAUGUAUAAAAUAAGAGCAGCGUUUACCAUAUCGGUUUUCAUGAUGAAUAUAUUGUUGUUGGCCCCCUAGUUCAUGCUGUUUCCUUGUGGGCAGUAACUGAUUAAGAGUCUUACCACACAUGCGUUGUAAGUUGCGAUUCAGACCGAAAGUUCCACUAACAUCUCUACAUUGUUGCUCUUGAGGUCCUUUCUAC